AUGCACACUCUAACUCUGAUCUAUUGCAUCUAAAAGUUCAAGAAAAAUAAAAAUGAAGGAAUGGCAGCAUUUGCCAACAAAAUGAUAGAGUGGCUUGGAAUGAGUAAUGCAGGUCAAAGUGCUUUUGUAAGAAGAUAGGCAGCAAUAUGCCUAGAAGAACUUGAAAAGAAUAACUGUGUUAAUUUGAUUAAGUUCAUGAUUCACAAAAAGGAUAAUGAAACUCCAACUAAAAAAGAUGUUUGCACUUAAAAAAGACCUAACUUAAUUGAAAUAUUUAAAAAUGUGAAUGAUUGGACAGCUCCUCAUUACGCUUCACUGAUUUCUACGAUAUUUUACAAGAAUAUAGAAGUUUUUAAAAUUGAACUAGACACUAAGUACAGUAAUUAGAUUCUAAGCUAUAAUAAAAAUCUAAUAGAUAAACAAAAAUUAUCUCUAAACUAUGGAAUUCUAAGAUAUAUCCUUGAAAAUAGAAAUGAUUAAAUGUUGCAAGCAGAAAAAGAUGAAUUAGCCUUAUAGUUAGUUCAUAAGCUGAUAGUUAAAAUUGAAGACCCCAAUGAAAAUCUGGCAUUAAGAUAGAUUUCACUUAGAUGGCUUAAAAGUAUAUAUGAGAAGGUCAAUGAUAUCAAGAGCAAAUCUGAAUUUAAGAGAAUAUUUACCCUAGCUCCACUUAAUUGA